CAUCAUUGCACAGCACAGAUAUAUUUCUUCACCGUUUCACAAACUAAUGGAAACCACGGCAAUAAAGGACGUUAUACUGAAUACUCGUCAGCCAGUUGUUUUUAGAAAUCUCGAAAUACCUUGGAAUUGCCUUCAGCAAUCCUUAUCCGAUUGGCUAAAUCGCUUGGAUGAAUCAAAACCAGUGAACGAUGAAUUCAUAUUCGACGGAGGAACACUUCGAAACGGUUGCCGACCUCAGUGGGAACGAACUCGCAAGAAAGUUGCGAUGACCAUGGGAAAUUUCUAUCGUGAUGCCACAUCCAAAGGUGGCUACUUUAAGGAUAGUUGGGCAUCCUAUAGCUAUCGAUGCAUUCAGGAGCUUCCCAUUGAAUGCCGAAAGGGGGUUGAUUAUGGCCCGUUUGGUUUCUCAGGCAUCGAUGAAAAUGUUUCGUUUUGGAUAGGAUCCGAAGGGGCUAACACCCACGACACGUACGGGUGCAAUAUCGUCGUUCAAACGCACGGCCGUAAAUCGUGGUUACUGUUUCCCCCAGAAGCCAAGCUACAGCGCUCCCGGGUACCUUACGAGGAGUCUAGCGUAUACUGUACGGAGAAUUUUUACAGUCCUGCAUCGUAUUCGACUGUGAUUGGUGUAGAAAAUGAUGCAUAUCAUGUUAUUCUGGAACCCGGUAUGGUAUUGGUAGUUCCUCCGAAAUGGUGGCAUUUCGUGGAAACCUUGGAGUGCUCAGUUAAUUUCAAUACCUGGGUACCUUUGGAAGACGACACAGACGAGCAUAUUUCCGAGUGUUUAACUCGGCUCGUCGUACAGGACUAUUCGAAUCGAUUGUCCGCGGAAUGCCGUCGACAUGUUCUAAAUCCGAAUGAGUUAACAACAAUCGAUUCGCCGAGUUCGUCCGAUCUUCAGAACACACUGCAGUACCUUUUACAACGGCAAUCGCGCAACAAACGACACUGUCCGCAGCAGCAGCAGCAGCGAACAUAUGUUUCCAACUAUCUUUCCGAAAACGAACUGGAACAAUUGCUUUCGAACAAUCGAAACUUUAUAGGUUCGGUGAAAAAGCUUGAAAACCAUGAGUUUUUCCAUCUCAUGAAAAGAAACAAUUCGCGCUAUGAUCCCCAUUUGAACCGGUUCAGUGACGAUGAACAGGAAAAUGUGCAAGCCACGAAUGCGAUUAACAGAGCCUGCCAUCCCGAUCAGAUUGAGACGAUUAAAAAUUCACUUCGUGUUUAGAA